CACCAUCUUCUCUUGGUGUCAUCCUUCUGUAUCAAGUUAUGGGCAGAGCCUCAGAGCUCAACACAUGAGCAUAACACAGCUGCUGAUCCAACAGGAGCUUCGGUGGACACCUUUAGAGGAUCUGAUGUGCAAAAAUUGGUUCACUUGUUUCCACCUGGAUUUAUUGUAAACACUGAAGGUAAAAGAUGGCAGCAAAACCUUCAUUAGGAUCUUGUCCACGUCUCCUGCUGCCUCUCUUCCUGCUUUUUUGUUUAGGGUUGGUGUUCUACUCUUACUUCAAGCCCACUUUAAGCAUUUCAUCAUGUUCUGAGGUUGCAGAAUCCACGUAUGAAGUCUGCAUUGAUAAAUGCUUCGGUGUCUUCAACAAGAUCUUUAACAGAAAUGUAACCUCCAUCAGCAGUUUUAACUACACGCAACAACAAAUACCGACCACCAAACAAAUCCUUGACCGUGACACCAUCAUACUAGCCUGGACAUGGCCUUUUGGUUUUAGAUUUGACGAAAAGGCCUGUGGUCCAUAUUUUGAUAUUGAAGGUUGUCGAGUUACAGAUAAUAGACUCCUAUAUGGCAAAGCCCAUGGUGUUAUGUUCCAUCACAGAGAUCUUGGUGAUGAUUUACCAAACCUGCUGAGCAUGCCACGACCUCCACAUCAGAAAUGGGUGUGGAUGAACAUGGAGUCUCCUGAGAAUUCAGAAAGAUGGACUGAUAUUGAUGGUUUAUUCAAUUUGACCGCCAGUUAUCGAAGAGAUUCAGAUGUCUGGGUACCUUAUGGGAGAAUUCUACCAACAUCUGUGAAGAACGAAACCUUUAAGAUACCACCAAAGGAUAAAUUAGUGUGCUGGAUCGUCAGUAACUGGAACCCUCACUAUAGGAGAGUUGAAUAUUUUAAUGAACUGAGCAAACACAUCAAAAUAGAAGGUUAUGGUAGACACUUCAACAGGUACAUUAAUGAUGAGGAUUACGUGCCUACCUUGUCCAGCUGUAAGUUCUACUUAUCAUUCGAGAGUUCCAUCCACGAAGACUACGUCACAGAAAAGCUGUUUAACCCUCUGAUAUCUGGCACAGUUCCUGUGGUUCUCGGUCCACCCAGGGAGAACUACGAGGAAUUCAUUCCAGCAGAUUCAUUCAUUCAUGUGGAUGACUUCAAAUCCCCUCAGGAACUGGCAGAACAUCUCAAAUUUCUGGACCAGAACCAGGAGGUUUAUGAACGCUACUUCACCUGGAGACAAGCCUUUACUGCUAAAGGUUCAUAUUUUGGUCUAGAACACGCUUGUUAUAUAUGUGAUUAUAUAAAAAAACACAAGGACUACAGGGUGUUUAAAAGUCUCAGUAAAUGGUACUGGGGUUAGUUCAUUUCAUUUUACAAGAUUAUGUAGAUUCUUAGAAAGGUGUAUUUGUCCUGUCACUGAGUGUAUUAUUGUGGAUGUCCUGUUGGAUAGAAAACAGAAAAACAUUCCAUUUAUAUUUCACUCUUUUAACAAUUGACGGUGAAACUAAAAUAAGAAUAUUUGAAAAUUCGGGUAGAAAAUGUACAUUGUAAGAUUUGUCUCAAAACUAGAGAAAGAAAUGUCCAUGUCAUGCUUUGUGUGAGUGGGGACUGAGCUGAGCUCUGAAUAUACUGGUGUUUAAGGGUUUUGCUAAAUAAGAAUAAAUAAAAAGUUAUUUUGGGGUCAAAGGCAAGGAUUUGGGUUGCUGGUUUAAGGUUGUGGGUUCAAGCCCCAGCACUGCUGAUCUGAUGCUGUACUGUAAUGUGUUUAUGACAAAUAAAACCUUCUUUCUUCUUCCAUA